AUGAAUGCAUCCGCCAUUUUCGACCAGCCACUAGGAAACCAAAUCACCGACUGGGUGAACUCAAUUCCAAACGAUGGCCUUCUUCAUUUCUUUGGAUUGCUGGGCGCCGAAUACCUCGUGCCCACUAGUGUGGAAAGCUUAUCGGAUGUUCUCUCGAAUCGUUCCUAUCAAUUUCAAAAGACCAGUGGCCUACACAGAUACGCAGUCCGCUUUUUCGGUGAGGGGCUUGUGGUCCAAGAGGGCAAUAAACAUAAAAAGAAUCGGAAGUCAUUUGUUCAAGUUUUUAAUCAGCGACAGGUCGACAAGCUGAAGCCAAUUCUGUCUUCCAAGGCGAGCCAAAUUGUCAAACAUGUAUCCGAAAAUUGCGUGAGUGACAACGAGAAGGGGGCCAAGCUCGCAACUAUCAACGUCAAUGAGUUUGCAAAGUUGAUUUCUCUGGACGUGAUGGGAAUAAUCGCACUUGGAAUUGACUUCAAUAGUAUCCUCGGUCAGAACUUGGAGAUCUUUGAUGUAUUCCAGACGCUCUUUUCUUCCAAUGACCACAAGAAAUCCCACUUUAUGUGGCACAACUCUGCUCCACCUUCGCUCGUCACCAUGUUUCCCUCCAAGAUAGAUCGACAAAUGGAGACAGCCUAUAGGCAACUUCGCAAAAGCCUUGAGCAGUUGAUCCCGGAAAAACUUGCCUCCCUUCAAUCGACUGAUCUAUCUGAUCAAGAUAUUUUGACGCAAAUCGCUUGCUCGGGUGACUUUACACAAGAAGAGAUCAUUCCUCAGAUCGUAACUACACUAGCUGCUGGGUUCGAAAGCACGGCAAGUUCUUUAUCUUGGACAUUGUACUGCCUCGCAGCCAACCUGGAGGCCCAGAACAAUUUGCGACAAGAGCUGCGCGAAGCAAAGUCCACUAAAAAUGCACUGAGUGAGGAAGAUUACGAGAAGUUGCCAUUGCUCAACGGGGUAUGCAGCGAGGCUUCUCGCCUUUUCCCUACAUUUGCCAUGACAUUACGCAAGGCGAUAUCUGAUACCUACAUCAACGGGCGUCUGGUUCACGCUGGCACUUACAUUGCAAUUGUCCCCAGAGCCAUCAACCGAGCAAAGCAUCUAUGGGGCGAAGAUGCAGAGCAAUUUGUGCCAGAGAGGUGGAUUGACCGAUCCGAUUCUACAGCCCCUAAAAUCAAUCCAACAGGGGGGUCUUAUUCGCCUAUAUGUAUGCUGUCGUUUCUUUAUGGACCCAGGAGCUGCGUUGGGCGAUCUUUAGCGCUGGCAGAGAUCAGGAGGGUGACAGCUCGCAUAGUCGAGUGUUUCCACCUCCAAACUGCCAGCUCAAGCAUUCCUCAACCGACUGGCUGGCUUUCAUCGGGUCCACCCCCAGACUUGAACCUCCUUUUCUCCCCGGUGGAGAAGUAA